AUGUCUUCUCCGAAAACUAAGACAAGACAGAAAUCAUGCAUAGCUUGUGCAAAUGCUAAGCGUCGCUGUGACAGACGAACUCCUAUCUGCACACAGUGUGUCGGGAAAUCAAUCCUCUGCGAAUACAAGGGCUCUGUCAAGCCAAGGAUGGAAAGACCUCCCAUCUCCGAAAUAUCGAUCGAUACACCAGUAGUGUCUAGGCCAGAGACCAAUGGCCUCUCACAGCCUCUCUUGGACUAUCCCAACUCUUCAGUACCCACCGAUUUCCCUCGGCAAAUAAAUCCCAUGCUCGACGUCGACGAAACUUUCCUCGAUAUGUACGACAUGCAGCUACUACAUGAUCCACUUCCACUUCCAAGAAUAGGGACUAUGGACAGACCUCGUGCUACUUGGAUCAUCAAAGCUCUUCGAUCUUACCCUACACUCCUCCUAACGACAACCAGAACGCCAUUCAUUCAUCCGCUGCUCUUUUCUCCGACUAUCUCUUCUCCUCUUCAAGAUGCAAUUUCGGCUUGCUCACUCUAUCUCGCCAAGAAUGAGACAAAUGGAGCUGUGGUCUGGGAGGUUAUCUCGUCGAUGAUUGCAAAGUUGUUGCAACCUAUGCCGAAUUGGGCUGUGGCGGAACAUCUAUCUUGUGUGCAGUCCUUGGUCAUCUUCCAAAUUAUCAGACUAUUUGAUGGAGAUGUGAGGGCACGAGGUGAUGCAGAAGAAGCAGAAGUUGUACUGAAUGACUGGACGGAUCGUCUUGCUCUGCGAACUGGUAUCGUCGUCGAGGAUCAAGACAAUGCGUCAUUCGAUGCUGGUUAUGUGAUCGAGAAAAGUUGGGAAAGUUGGGUGUUCGAAGAGAGUGUGAAGAGGACGGUGAUCGUCAGUCGUAUGGUAUCGGCUAUGUACUCGGUGUUGAAGAAAGGGUAUUGCACUUAUGUCGAGAAGGUCACGGAGCUGUCUUUCACAGCAGGGAAGGAGCUGUGGGAUGCAGGUAGUGCUGUUCAUUGGAGACUUGUGAUGGAAGCACAAAAGAGCUUAGAUGUGCAGCGAAUGGAGUUAGACGAGAUACUAGGCAAAGCUAGAUUGGAAGAUGUAGAUGAGUUGGGCUUGCUGAUGCUGGUUACGUACAAAGGUGUCGAUGGGGUUAAUGAAUGGAUUGUACAGAUGGGUAGCAAAUCAUUGAUAGAUCCUUGUCCUGUCGGCCCUUGA